UUCUUCCCGUAAAGUUUUGAGCUUAAUAAUUCAGUAACAAUGAAAGGUUAUAGUCUCUUUUUUUUCUUUUCUCUUAUAUAGUGCAGCUGAAAUUCUAUCAGUGAAAUGUCAGAAUAAAUGUGUGUAAUAAAUCCUCAUAUAGACAGUAAGAUCAGUGUGUGUGUGAGUCCUGCUGAGUGAACGUGUUUCUGUGCUUUUUUUCAAACUAUGUUUGUGUUGAAGUAAAUCAUAUCAGUCUUUUUUUAUUAUUAAAAAAAAUAAUUAAAAAAAGAAGCACAAAAUUUAACUCAUGGUAGUGCUAAUAAUGUUGCUGAGAGACCACAGCCACAAAACACACAGGGUGGAAUCAACAUCCUCAUGGACCCCAAUGCGAAAUUCCUACAAGAGGAAAAGCUGUUUCCAGGUGUGUGAAAAAACACUGAAAGACCCACCCACGACAUGAAACACCCUGCAUUUGGACAUCAUUCGGGAGCCCCACCCCUUACAGAAAACACUACCAGAGAGCACCUCUUACACCAGAGACCCGGCCCACAUCAGGACACUACCAAAAACCCAGACUGAACCAGGACACCCACAGACAAAACCACCUACAGCAGAUCAUCACCAAACACCUCCACCAUCAAACAGACCCCACUCCAGUCAGAUGAACAAGACCAAGUUAGUGUCCACAGCAUCCAGCAACAAACUCACCCAAUACUGACAACACAUCUACAAACCAAAAGCAAUGCCCAGGCCAACAAAUGUAUUUUCAUGUUUAAUGAGGCUCAGAGAUGGCAUCAGUGCAAUCAAAUUCAUAAAUUCAUGUUGACAUUAAUGUUUUAAAUAUACAAUUUUGAAUAUAGAAAUACUAAAUGAUUUAAAUAACUGAAAAGAUACUUUAAAAAUUAAACUGCCAGUAGGUGGCAGCAAGUCACUGAUUUAAUUACUGAAUCAUUCAUUCAUUUGAUUCGUUCAAACGGCUGAUUCAUUCAGGAAUAAAGCAAGUAACUGUCUUUAUGAAUGGGUAAUUGAAUCAUGGACUCUGAUAGAUUUGUUUACAGACAAAUGUUUAUUCAUAAACGAAACACCGCUGUGUUUGAAUGGAGAUGCACAGCGGCUCAGUCGUGACUUUGUUUGCAAAAUCAGGCAAUAGUGUUAUAGUCAAACAAUAUAAGUCACUUAAUAUUAACUUCUUGUUUAUUAAACUGUUGUAUUAAAUCAGUAUCUCAUUUACAAACUCCUUUAAAAAUCAAAAGCUGUCACUCAUCUCAGUUCACUGCGAUCUCACGAAGUUCCAUAAUAAUCAAUGAAGCUCUCUACACUGCACAAUCCAUCUCUUAUUUACACUUUGUUUAUGAAAUGAUUGGUGAGAUAUGUCUGUGAUACAUUAGUCAAUGCUUUGAAGCUCCUCUCAGCGCAAACACAAAUAUGCUGAUCGGGUCAGUCGUACUGGUUUUCCUAAAUAUUUUUUUCAUAGUCGCACACAGUAGUUUUCUGUUGCAAAUGCCACUGAAGUGGUUGCACUGUAAGCGCCCUGGGGCCAGUUGCAUAAACUUAGCCUCUAUGUUAAGACAGCGUCUUAAGUACUAGUCUGAUAAACUAGCAGUUAACCAAAGAGUAAUCAGUCUUAUUUUUUGGAUCCAGCUUGGACUAAUCUACAUUUUUCUGUAACUGAAUAUAAAACAUUAGGACCAGACAUAAAGAAAAAUUUGGCUGACUUACUUUUUAAGACUGGUCUAACCCCUUUAUGCAACCGGCCCCUGGUGUGGGAAGACUGAACCACCACUCUUUUUAGAAAACUGAUCCAUCACUGCGAUUAUGAAGAAACUGUAAAUCUGAAACAUGUUCAGUCCUGCAGUACAAGUGUAGUAAUUAGGAACCAGUAUUAUUGGAUGUUUGCAGCGUUGUCUUUCUCCUGUAUUCUUUGGACGUUUGUCUGAGUACACAUUUCAUUAUCAAGUUUCCACAUUCCUAGUUUAGUUUGAUCUGAUUUAAACACACCUGAAUCAACUAGUCAGUCCUUGCAUUUAUUUUAAUAACAGCCAAAACAAAACUAAAGAGGAAUGCAGCUAUACAGGAGCAGGAACGAGGAACCCGCUUUACAGACUCAAAAACAAACCUGUUUUACACACGUCACUCAAACACAGAAAGUAUUUAAACUCAUCAGUGCAGGGAAAGAGAAACUGAAGUGUAGUUGAGAAUUCAGGCAAUAAAAUGGCAGGAGCCAGAAUUUCAGUGGAUCAGGAUGAGUACUUCUGUGCAGUGUGUCUGGAUCUCCUGAAGGACCCAGUGGCUUUUCCCUGUGGACACAGUUACUGUAAGAUCUGUAUUACAGACUGCUGGAAUCAGGAGGAUCAGAUGAGAGUCUACAGCUGCCCUCAGUGCAGACAGACCUUCAGUCCAAGACCUGCUUUAGCUACAAACACCAUGCUGACUGAAGUGGUGGAGAAACUGAAGAAGACCAAACUUCCUGCUGACUGUUACGCUGGAGCUGGAGAUGUGCAGUGUGACGUCUGUACUGGAACAAAAUACAAAGCCGUCAAGUCCUGUCUGAUGUGUCUGAACUCUUACUGUCAAACUCAUUUUGACCGUCAUGAGGAGUUUCAUUCACAUAAGCCACACAAAGUGAUCAAUGCCACUGGACGACUGCAGGAGAUGAUCUGCCAGAAACAUGAGAAGAUCCUUGAGGUUUUCUGUUGCACUGAUCAGAAAUGUAUAUGUGUGCUGUGUACGACAGAUGAACAUAAAAACCACAACAUUGUAUCAGCUGCAGCACAGAGGACAGAGAAACAGAAGCAGCUGAAGGAGACGCAGAAGACGUUCCAGCAGAGAAUCCAGCAGAGAGAGAAAGAUCUUCAGCGGCUGAGAGAGGCUGUGGAGUCUCAUAAGCGCUCUGCACAGACAGCAGUGGAGGACAGUGAGAGGAUCUUUACUGAGAUCAUCCGCUCCAUUGAGAGAAGCUGCUCUGAGCUGAUACAGAUGAUCAGAGAUCAGGAAAAGCGAGCGGUGAGUCGAGAUGAAGGACGACUGGAGCGACUGGAGCAGGAGAUCAAUGAUCUGAGGAGGAGAGACGCUGAGCUGGAGCAGCUUUCACACACACAGGAUCACAUCCAGUUCCUGCAGAGUUUCCAGUCUCUCUCAGCACCUCCUGAAUCUACAGAUGGAAAUGAUGAUCCCUUCAUUUCUCUCUUCUCUUUUGAUGGUCUAAGAAAAUCUGUCCAUCAGCUGAGACACAAACUGGAGGAUUUCUGCAAAGAGGAGCUCAAGAAGAUCUCAGACAGAGUCACAUUCAACAACAUUGUUCCCAGGACCAGGAACGACUUCCUACAAUAUUCCCAUCAGCUCACUCUGGAUCUGAACACAGUGAAUAAACUCCUCCAUCUCUCUGAGGAGAACAGAGUGAUUACUGGUACUGGCACGAAUCAUCCAUAUCCUGAUCAUCCAGACAGAUUUGGUGCGUGGCGUCAGGUGUUGUGUAGAGAGAGUGUGUGUGGACGCUGUUACUGGGAGCUGGAGUGGAGUGGGAAUCAUGGUGUUUGUAUAUCAGUGUCAUAUAAGAGCAUCAGCAGGAAGGGAGAUAUUUGCUGUUUCUUUGGAUAUAAUGAUCAGUCCUGGAGUUUGAUCUGCUCUCCCUCCAGUUACUCAUUCAGACACAAUAACAUAAAGACUGAUCUCCCUGUAAAGUCCAUCAGCAGUAGAAUAGGAGUGUUUGUGGAUCACAGUGCAGGAACUCUGUCCUUCUACAGCGUCUCUGACACAAUGAGCCUCAUCCACACAGUCCAGACCACAUUCACUCAGCCGCUCUAUGCUGGGUUUCAUGUUAAUCAAGGAUCAUCAGUGAAACUGUGUUGAUGAAUCAGAACAGACUGACAAAAGAUUCUACCCAUAAUGCUUUGAGCUGAUGAUGAAUCAGUAACAGUGAGAUGUUAUAGAGUCUCUUGUUUUCUCUUCAUGACAUUAAUACUGCAGCUGAACUUCUGUCAGUGAAAUAACAUGUCAGAAUAAAUGUGUGUAAUAAAUCCUCAUAUAGACAGUAAGAUCAGUGUGUGUGUGAGUCCUGCUGAGUGAACAUGUGUUUCUGUGCUUUUCUCAAACUCUGUUUAUUUAUUUUUUAAUGUAGUGUCACAUCAAUCAUGUCUAUUAUUACUAUCAAAAUUAUCUUUCAAUUCAAAUGAUCACACAGUCUAUAAAUCAUUUUCAUUAUUCACAUUAUCCUCCCCUUUUCAAUGUUUUGUGUUCUUGUCUUCAAGUGUCACCAGUCAUUGUUUUUAAUGUCAUGCAUUUAAUUGUUUGCUGACCCUGGAAUGUGUUGUUAUUUUUAGGAUACAAAUUGUUAACAAUAUACUGUAUUAUAGAUCAGUCGUUAAAAUGUGUACAUGACAUUAAAUUUUCUGAGCUGUUGAAA